AUGAAUGUUACAGUACAAUUGAAGAAUGGACAGUGGAGAUUCAUAUCAGUCAAUCUUGAACACAACCAUGACUGUCUGAACACACCAUCUUUGACUAAGUUCUUUUCAAACCACCAAAACAUGUCAGAGGAAGAUAAGAACUUGUCCAUGAUACUUCAAGACUGCAGGGUUCCUCCGCGAAGGAUAAUGAGCAUAUUCCGUCGCUUGAAAGGAAGCAGGAAAGUUCUUUCCUUCAACAAGAAGAAAAUACAGAACCUCAAAAGGAAGGAGAAGAGAGAUAAGAACACUGAUAUUGCAAAUUCACUCAAGUUUGUUGAGAAGCUACAGGCAAAAAACCAAGGAAUUGUGAUGAAGAUGGAUACUGAUGAAGACAACACAGUCCAAAGCAUUCUGUGGACUGAUGCUCGCUCCAAAAUGGAUUAUUCUCUGUAUGGCGAUUUCCUUUCAUUUGAUACCACCUUCUCCACAAACAAAUAUAACAUGCCAUUUGCCCCAUUCAUUGGCAUCAACGGCCAAGGGCGAACAAUUGUUUUCGCAUGGGCUUUGCUAAAGGAUCAAACAGCAGCAACCUUCAAAUGGGCUCUGGAAACAUUUUUGGACGUCAUGGACGGAAACAAACCAUCGAUUAUCAUGACUGAUCAGGACAAGGCAAUUAAAUCUGCGAUAGAUGAUGUUCUGUUUUCAGUCUGGCAUAGAUUUUGUUUAUGGCAUAUCAUGAACAAUUGUUCGGACAAAAUGGGAGGUUUCAUGGCUGCUAGGGAAGGGAUGGAAGAUGAGAUGAGGAAGAUAAUCAUGGACUCCCUUACAAUAGAAGAAUUUGAAAGCAAGUGGAAUGCCAUGAUUGAUAAGUACGAUGCAUCUAGUAGCAAACAUUUGCCCUUAAUGUGGAAAUGCAGAUCACAGUGGGUACCUGUGUACUUCCGAAAAGUUUUCUGCCCCUUCAUCCGUACAACAGAUCGCAGCGAAGGGAUGAAUUCCAUCUUCAAGGAUUACGUGAAGCGCAAGGACACAGUAGAAACAUUCCUUGUCCAGUACGAGUUGUUUCAAGAAACAAUCAUUGAAGCGGAAAAUGAUGACAGAUUUGUAUCGAUUGGUCUCGAGCCAAUAUAUUGGGGCCACAACCUUGUCGAAAAACAUGCUGGAAAGAUCUACACUAGGGGAAUUUUCUUCAAGUUCCAAGAAGAAAUGCACAACUCAACUGCCUCGGGGUUGAAGUAA